GGUAGCGCGCGCGUGUGGAUCAGGUCAUGUGGUCUCUCAAGAUGGCGACUUCAGUGCUGGGAUGUGAGAAGUGAGAGAAGUGAACCAGAGCUCAGAGCAGCGCUCAGCACAGCCACCGGGGCCGGGUCACCUCGCGUCCUUCUCCUCCUGAAUAUAAGGUUGCUUGUCGUAGAAUCAGGCUCGUUGCUUAUGGGCUAGCUGCGGAUGUUAGGGUAUAAGGUGUGUGUAGUUCAAAGCUUUGUGCGUCUGGAUCACUGACUGCGAUGGCCAUCCAUGUGUUUGAUAAUGAUGAGUACAGGCCGCCUGUGUGGAAAUCCUACUUGUACCAGCUCCAGCAAGAGGCGCCACAUCCACGCAGAGUCACCUGCAUAUCUGAGGUGGAGAACCGGCCGAAGUACUAUGGACGAGAGUAUCAUGGGAUGAUCUCCAGAGAGGAAGCCGACCAACUGCUCAGUGUGGCUGAGGGAAGUUAUCUGAUCCGAGAGAGCCAGAGACAGCCGGGCACAUACACGCUAGCGCUACGGUACAUGAACCUUCACCUUUGA